AUGCAAUUCCUCUCUCUUUUCUUCGUAGUCCUUCUCAUCGUUUCUGUCUCGGCUCAAUGGAACAAUAACUUCUGGUGGUACAACCAACAACCAACUCAAGCUCCAGCUUUCAACUGGUUCGGAAACUCUGCCGGCUCACAAAGUGACGAAAAAGGGAACACUUGGCAUGGAAGUGAUAACGCCAAACUUAUGCUCUUCGCCAAAUCGUCAUGGCCUUAA